AUUGUGAUACAGAAGUUAAAAAAUUUACAGCCACAAAAGAAAAAGUUAGAAUAAGAAAAUAUGCUUCAAUUAAUAAAAAAAAUAAGCAAAGAGCUUUUUUUUCUCCCUUCUCAUAUGUCGGUAUAUGAUAAUAAAGAAUAUUCCGAUCUAAAUUCCAUGAAUAUUGUGUAUUAUCACUUACACAUACAAUUUUGGAAUAACGAGAAAACUCAUUAGCAUCCACGUCCAUCAAUCUUCCACGUACUCGUUUAAUUACCUUGAAAUGUUCUAGCAAAACCAACCACAAACAAAACUAUCAACUGUCACUAACUUAUUAAAGCAAUAUUUUCAGCAAAUUAAACUACAUAUACUAAAACACAAUUGUAUUUUGUAGAGAGCUACAUAUCUCCUGCAUAAAAGAAUCGUGCUUUUUUACCUAAUAACAACAUAGACAAAUAAUGAAAAGAGCAGUCUUCAAUACAACUCAACUCAUUUUAUCAUGCAGAUUCCUCAUUUGUGAACCGAAUAUAUGAUCAAUCCAAAUAGUAGUUUGUAAGAAAACAAUCAUGUCAAAAUCAAACUUUAGUUACAGAUUCAAUGUGGAAAAAUUCACCUUAAUGAAACAAACAAAUUUCACCGCAAACAUGUAGAAAUUAAAAAAAACAUCGAAAUAGACAACAGAGAAACCACCAUUAUCAUUUUCUUUCUUCUUCGCGGCCUUUAUAAAACCCCAAUUAUGUUCCCUUCUACUUAUAACCUCUUUGUUACAUACUAAUUACUAAACAGUUCAUCAUUGUAUUGCUAGCCAGUAGCAUGUCAUUCGUGAACAUAAAAUAUAAUAAACAACCAUCACAACUCUACUUUCAAUUUCAACAUUCAAGAAAUCGGGUUGCAAUAGGCAUUCAAGAAAAAUGAUCAAUUAUUCAACUAAAAGAGGUAUGCCCUAAGUCCAACUAAUUAACCCUUCUAAUUAUAUUUUAUAUAUUUAAAUAAAAGUAUAUGGCGACCCUUCUCCGCAAAAAACAAAGAAGAAAUACAUUCACUCAUCGAGAGUGAGAAAAUUUACCAUCCAACAGUCGUAAUUUGGAAGAAAUUAAGAAAAGAUUGGAAAGAAGAGUAUAACUCGGCCAGUCAAUCGCAAACAUUAGCAUAUCGCUGAGAAAGUGAGACCAGUUGCCAGCUUCAGAUCAAGGAGGAAGAGGGAGCAUUCGACAACCCUCGGCUUGGUUCACCUCAUCUUCACAAUGAUCAGAUGAACUUUUUUCAUUAACAGGCAAAAAUAUGUUACAACUGCUCAAAAUUUUGUCAUCUAAUCUUUGCCUCGUGUAACUCCUGCCUCCUAUUCUCAUUCAAAGAAAAAAAAUCAUAUGCAUUACCAUUUCCUUCUCUAUAAAUUAUGAGAAUACAAAUAUUAGAAAUCUCAAAAACAUUAGCAACUAAUAAGCGGACUUUGUUUAUUUUUAUGGUGGUUGACAUACUUUCUUGAUUUCUUAUUUUCAAAGUUGGAUUUUAUUUCUAGUGAGACAAUCAAAAUGGGGAAAGAGACAGAAACAAAUUAAAGGUUUGCAUUAAUAAUUAAUAUGUUUUCAUUUAAUUAAAUAAGAAGUUUUUUUAAAAAAAUAAAAAGUAUUGCUCUGUCAAGUUUAUAUUCAAACAUUUUGCUAUAAAAUUUAUACUUGUUUUAUUUGAUAGUUAUAUACAUUAGAAAGAAGUGAGUGUUUGAUAACAAAAAAUAUAUAGUCAUAUCGUUCAUUUCUCAAAGUCGAUUGAUUAUCAAACGCUUGUUUUUUCUUCGACCAUCGUUUAGAUUUUGUUUAAUUGGAAAAUAUUAUUAUUUAUGUGUGUACUUUUUUUCUUCUUCAUCACAAUGUAAUUUAUUACUAAAUUUUAGUAAAAAUGAGUAAAAAAUUUACUUAAUCAGCUUGGGUUAAAUAAAUACGAUAUAUGUCACUCUCUAUUUUCAUCUUUAUAGUUUGUUUAAUUGAAAAAAAUUAUUACUUAUGUAUGUGUUUGUUUGUUUAAAUGUUUCCUAAAAAAUUAACUUAUUUUAAUUUUAGUAAAAAUGAGUAGAAUUAUUAAAAGAAGAGAGAGAUAUCUUUAUAAAUAGAUCAAUAAAUAGUUUUUUGUUUGUUAAAAUAUUGUCCACCUUGACAGCAUGUGCAUUCACCAAAUACUUAUGUGGCAAGAAGUUAUUUUUGAAUAACCAUAAUAUUUAGUAUAAAUAAAUAAAUAGAUAGAUAGAUAUAGAUAUGUAUUUGAUUGCUCUAGUCCUUGUGUGACAUGGAGAAACGAUCUACCAUUAACAAAUCGCACAAAUUCUCAUUAAGUUUUGAAAGAUAAACGCUUUUUCAUAAUAAAAUUAAUAAUAUCUCUGAAUUAUUCAUAUUAUUGAGUUUAAAUGUAAAACAAAUGUUUCCAUUUCAAAGGCGAGUCUAGAGGAAAGCAAGACGAGUUUUGACUAAAUCCGCAUCCUAUCCUACUCACCAAUUUCAAAAGCGGGCUUUAGGCAACCAAUACUGACGUCUCACCCAAACGGCCAAAACUACCAGCAGCUGCCUAAUUCCUGGGUCAUCAUCAAUUCAUCAUCAUCAUAAUUUGUCACGUAAUUUCUGGCGUCCAUUCUAAGCUUUUACCCUAUUUUUCUUGUAAUCAUCUAUCUUUUUAUGUGAUAAAUCUCAGUUAUUAUGAUUAGCAAGCUUUAGCAGCUAACAAUAUAAUAUAAUUAGAUUAAAGAUGGAUGAUUACAAGAAAAGGGUCAAAACUUAGAAUGAGCGCCAGUCGUUUAGUUGGCACUAGUCGGGAAAAAGAAAGACAAACAAAAGCCAAGCGUAAUAUAUGUGGUGAUUACUGAUUAUCGAUUUUAAUUAAUCAGAACGAAAUCCAACCAAAUAACCUUUACAAACCAAAUCGCUUUUGAAUAUAUACAUCCAAAUCACAUAAAGGAGAAGAAUCAGAAAAGGGGAUUAAAAUCGCAGAUUUGUUAAUCCGUUUUAAUUAAUGUUUUCUUACAGCAAGUUGCUUGGAUGGAAUGUACUAUAUAUAAUAUAUAUGUAUUAUUGAGAUCACCAUGAUAUGGUCGAUCACAUGCAUACACAUUAGGCAGAUGGUGGGAAAUCUUUGACGCUGACAUUAUAUAGCUGGGAUCAGGAAUGGUGAUGGACCGGAUGGGUAUGAGUAUCGAGAUACUCGUGUCUCGUGACAGGUCGAGUAUAAUUUAUUGUGGGAUACGGAUAGUGGCGGAGCCACAUUUUGAGAAGUGGGGUCCUAGGAAACUACUUGGGAAAAAAAACGGGAUAACAAAACAAUUUAAAUAUGUAGGAUUCAGUAUGAUACUUUGAGUUUAGGACCUCAUACUCUCGUCGACUUAGCUCGUCUAAGGAUAUCAAUCAACUCAAAGUUCGUUAGAUAAAGACUUUAGUGUUUUGAAAAUUUUAAGGACCCCAGUCAAUUUAAAGUCUGGCUAUGCCACUGGAUAGGGGUUGAGGAUUCGAUUUGUAUGGGGUAUGAAACUUAAAAGGAAUACAUUUAUAUCCACUUUCCAUUGUAGCUAAAAUAGGGGACAAUAAAAAUAAAAUUCUAAUUAAUUUGAGUAAAAUUACAUGUAAUUUAGCAAAAUUGGGUUGAAAAAUGGGGCGAAUAAGGUCGAGAAGAGUACUCAUGCCCGUCCGCCUUGCGUACCCAACCAAAACAAGUAAAAAACAAUUCGAUAAAAUAGAUCAUGUCGAAAUUGAUUUCCUACCAAAACUUAGUGAUUGAGAUUAACAUGGAUGAUGCUCGAGGGUGUAUGGGUAUGUAAUGUAGGUUGGGUUGGCACCCUAAUUAAUUACCUGCAAUAAUCUCUGACAUAUAUAUAAAUCAAAAGUGGGCGUAUCUUGAAUGAGGUAGGGUGCAAUAUCAUAAUGCUCCUUCACGUGCCAAUUAUUUGGGGAUUUAAAUGAUCAGCUCUUUCACUCCAGAAAAAAAUAAAUAAAUAAAGGAAAUGGAUCGACAUGAAGAUCAAAUUAUGGCGCCGGCCUACCAUUACUAAUAAACUAGGGUGGUUUGGAUGGGUUAAUUGUCAAUGUGGUAUUUGUAGAGUCAAAUAAUUUAUUUACUGUUUAACUCGUUAUAACUAUAACAUUCCAAUCGACGACUGAGUAUAACCACCGACUGGGUGUAGCAUAGGGCAAGCAAGCAAUAAGAAUUUAUCGUGCCACGGGGAUCUAGGCUUAACCUACUUUAGGUUUAUGGUUCGUUAUCUAGCCAACCUAGGAUAGUGAUUAAUAAAACUAAUCUAACUAACCUAGACUAACCACUAACCUAGCUAUUUAUAAGGUUUGGAACUCUCUUGGUUUGAAUCCCCAUAUUUCCGACCUUUGGAUCGAUGUUGAGUAUCCUCCUAGUUCGAGUGACUCAAAUACUCUACAGUUUGGAGAAGGACUCCCUCGGGAAUGACUCGGAACUGCGAAUCGAUGGAUGGGUAGGUGCUCUAUUCAACCUAGGGUAUCGUAUAUUGCUAGGAGGUAGAUCGAAUCAACUCCCUUGGGGAUUACCCGGACAAUAUACGAUAGGAGUGACCCGAAGACGCCAAUAAUGGGCUAUAAGGGGAUUAUCCCAUUCCUAGGCCAAAAGCUUAAGCCAUGAAAAUGAAAACCAAACUCAUGCCAUCCAUUAAAACAUUCAUCAAUUAGAUAAAAUCACCAAUCAAACUAAUAAGUUGUCACAUAAAUCAAUAACAAACCAAAAUAUAAACCUAGGGUUCUUAAUCCCAAGAGAAGAGGGUGAGUUUCUAGAGAGAGAGAUGAGAGAUUACAAAGAAACCUCCAGAUCUUCUUCUUCUAGGCUUGAUUCUUUGCUUCCAAACUUGAUCAAUGCUUUCAAUUAAGCUCUAAGAUCACUCUUUCUCUCACUAUAACUCCCCUUUGGUGUUUUAGGUUGAAAACCCUAGAGAAAGAAAGUGUUCCUUCUCCAAAAACCAGCUCCUCUUUUCUCUCUCCCCGCUGUUGUCUUCAUAUUUGCCCGAAAGUGACCAGUUCAAGGCCGCGUUGGCCAGUUCACGGCCGUGAACACUUAAACGCGUCCGUGAACUUAGUGUCGUCUCCAAAACGCACCGCUUCACUCUCAUGGAUUCACGGUCUUAGAGAUAGUGAACUCCCUUUGCGUCAGUAACUUCUGGAACCUUGCUGGACGCCUCGAUGUUCACGGUUUGUGGCUCCAUUUCACGGUCUGAAGACCGUGAACUCCAAUGUUGGACCAUGAACUGCGGCUGCUUCCUGGAUGCCUGCAUUUCACUGUUACAGGGCAAUUGUGACUUUGGACUUUUCUUCGGUUUUUGACCUCCAAUCAUUCCAAAACUCGUCCUCGACCCUUCCAAACGUGCUAGGACCUGAAAUGUAUCAAAACAAGCACAACCUAGCGUAAAAUAGGUUGAGGGACGGUGAUCUACUAAGCAUAACAGAUAAGAAAUGAUGAGUAAAAUGUGUACAUUUGGACCCGAAUCAUUGUUCAUGUGGUAUUUCAGUGUUAUUUCAGUUGUACUUGAAAUAAAGUAUCUCAUUUGGUAUUUAACAUGUGGUAUUUGGUAAAAACAGAGUGGUAAAACGAGUUAUUUCGAAAUAACACAUAUGUAUGAGUUAUUUUAAAUAACUCGAUUUGAGUCAUUUGUAAAUAGCUCACUGUCCAAAUAACUCAUUUCAGUAAAACACUAUCAAAUGAGUUAUUUGUGUCCAAAUAACUCAUUGUGAGUUAAAUACUUCCACGACGGUACAAAGUCACUGAGUAGGUAGUGGUCGGGACUUGAUCCAUCCGGGGAGAGGGGCGGCAGAUGAGACACGAGAGAGAUGGUUGAGGCUUUAAACGACAAGAGAGGGGAAAUAGAGUGACCAUUUUGAUAUAUGACAAGAAGAGUAACCCUAAUAUUAAUUAAUAUAAUUAAAGUAGUCACCACUCAUAUUGAUUAAAUAUACACACACAAUACAAACUUCAACAUACGAUAGGAUUAACUAAAAGAUCUAGAUCGAUAAGAUUAACUAAAAGAUCUAGAUGGAGACUCUGUUAUGGAGGACCUUCCUCUCAACAUAUCCUUUUGCCUAAUCUUGAAAUCUUGGGUUUGUGACAUCUAUUUUAUUAUCACCGAAUCAUGAUAAAUACAAAUCAAUUCGCCGGUUGACAACUUUUUUAGUGAUGGUUUUUUUAAUACUAUUUAGUAUUUUCUCAACCCAGUAAAAAAAAAAAUUCAUUCCACUCCUAUUCUCAGAUCAGAUCAAAUCAAAUAAAUAUACGUAGGAAGCACCUGGGAAACUGAAAAUCAAAUCCCACCGAUAACCUAACUCAUAUAUUAUUACACAUCAUAGAAAAGCGGGAAAUGAAAAAAAGAUUUGUUGUAUCGCUCUCUCUCUCUCGUCUUCCCCAUGGUUUCUAAUUUAAUGACGCGGCGACAACAGACAAGAGCUGGGCUCCAUACCAAAGAUUUGCUAAGAUCUCACGUUAUUGGAUCCUCAGAAUCUCCUCCCAGCUUUUCUUUAUUUCCAUUUCCUCUCUUCUUUCUUCCCUUCUCCUCCAUCCUCCUAUUAAACACCAAACCGCCACCCCCCCUUCUCCUAGAAAAUCCCUCUGCACUUCCCAAUUUCGAUUUCCCUUGUCAAACUCCGAAGAUUAUUAAUUCCUACCUCUCCCCCUUCAAAACCCACGAGCGGUUCUUUGUACCACUCAGUUCCAGCGAUUUCUUCUAGCAAAGGAGGUUUCUUCAGCUUUUUGGCUUGUUCUCAAUUGGGUUCUGAUCAUCUUUUCUACUGGGAAAUGGCGGCCGCCGGUACUGAGUCUCUGCGGUGGAACUUGGCGGAGGAAGUAGGGGUUUCGGGUUGUAACGGCAAUCUCGUUAAUGGGCCGGGUUCUGGUUCUGAGGAGUUUCAUGUUCUAGCUGUGGAUGAUAGUGUUGUUGAUCGGAAGCUUAUUGAGCGUUUGCUGAAGAGUUCAUCCUUCAAAGUUACGGCUGUGGACAGUGGUACUAGAGCUCUGCAGUACCUUGGUUUGGAUGGGGAGAAGAGUACUUCUGCGGUUGGUUUCAAUGAUUUGAAGGUCAAUCUCAUAAUGACCGAUUACUCCAUGCCAGGCAUGACUGGAUACGAGCUGCUCAAAAAGAUCAAGGAAUCUAAAGCUUUUAAAGAGAUCCCGGUUGUGAUAAUGUCAUCAGAGAACGUCUUGACCCGGAUCCAUAGUUGUCUGGAAGAAGGUGCUGAGGACUUCCUGAUGAAGCCUGUGAAGAAGUCCGAUGUCACUAAGCUUAAAGACUUCAUGGUGAAAGGGGAUCAAGCUGAGAAAGGCAAGAGAAGUAGCAUCAAGAGAAAGAUGGACGAUGACAUUCUUAAGAUGAUGAUGCCUCCUACUAUUGCUUCUUCAGAUGAUGAUCAAUCUUCAUCUGCAUCCCACUCUCCAUCGUCAUCAUCAUCAUCACCGUGUACAUCUCCUUCUUGCAAAAGAACCAGGCUGCAAUAGCCAGUGAUCGAUCUAAUACACAUGCUGCUAAACUAUAGAUGCUUUGAUCAGCAAAUUUUGUACGUAGCAUCAAGCCACUUAACAUAGAAAUGAAUGGCUCAUGCUCUUUUUUUGUGAAUUAUCAACUGCUUCGUCGAUGGUCUUACCUCAAAUAGUAUGAAAAGGAGGAUCGCUCUCAGUAGGACGCAAUCAACUUGAUGUGAUCUGUUCUUUAUUUUGUAAAUGGUCGAAUCUUUAAUCAUGAAUACGAAAUUGAGAUCUCUCAAAAUUCAAGUCUCUGUGAUCCUAAUUCCGCCAACUUGUUAUGAAAGUUCAUAUCUUUGACUGGGACCAUCUUAUGAGAUUGCCCUGUUUUCUUUCCACUUUGUGGGGUUGUCCUACUUCCGACUUCGACCCCUCUUGUUUCUUCAAUCUCUACAGUAUAUCUUCUUGACAACCCAUCAUUGAGAAUUCGGUAACCAUUGGGUCCAAGGGGUGGGCAAUGAUCCUGUCCAUAGUGAGAUAAAUCGGACUAACACGAUACUAUGUUCGAAUAAGAUGCAUUUUGAUUGAAUUUGCUUCUCAAAUUUCAAGAUUGUUUUUUUUUUCCGAUCUCAUGGAUCAUCCGAGAUACAUAUUCAAAAAAUGGGUUGAAUCGAAAUUGGAUCAAAAUCGACUGCACUGUUUGGUCGAAAAGAAUCGGACCGACCGGGCCUGCCCUUUGCAUCAUCAUCAAAUGGAAUAAUCAUCAUCCAUGGGGUGCAUCAUUCCAACUGUCUGAAUGAUGCUUUCUUUUGACAAGGCUUAACCUAAAACAGAAACAAAAGCAUCAACAGACAAAAAACAACGUGUAUGAUCAGAUCGGUGUUUCCACUUUUCCAAUCAUGAAAGAUAUGAAUGAAGGGUAGCCACCACCACCACCAAGAUAUGGAGACGGGGAAAAGCAAGAGAUCAAAUCUUGGCGAUGGGGGACCAUCAAAUCUUGGGCCAAAAGGGAAGAAGAAGAAGGCAAGAUCAUUCAUCAUGUGAUGUUGUUUCCGUUAUGUGCAAUUGAAUGAAUGGUGGUUGGGCAGGUCCCCUGUUUUCUACCCUGCUCUGCUUUGUCUCCUUCAGUUUGGGCUCUCGUGUUUUUGGCAUGGCGUAUAGGGUCAUCAUAUGGUUCCAUUCCAUGCCCAAUUCUCUGACCUAAGCGGCUAAGCUUGGAAGUCAGGAUCUAAGACUUUGCCCUACAAGAUCAAAAGGGAAUGCAACUUAAACUUCAUAGCUGGAACUAAAACAAGGAAGAUAGAGUUUGGCAUAGAAUGAUAUCACAUCCCAAUUCAGUUGAAGUACAUCACACUUGUAAGAAAAGGAAGGCUUGUGGAUUUUCCAAGAUUGUGGAGCACAAGCAAAAGGAGUAAAAUGUGUAGUCAUUAUUCAUCAUCCAAAGGAAAUAAUAAAAAUGUGUAGCCAUUUUGUAAUGUCACGAAUCAUGUAUGGUUUGGUAACUCACGAAAUGAUACGUCUAAACUCAUCAAUGAAAUAUGUGAUUACACUGAAAUUAGUUGAUAAUAUGGUACUAUCAAUUCCUUAAAAAAUGAAAUUUAGAUUUAGCUAUUAAACACGUGAUUUUUUUACUCAUUUUUUUUCAAGGUCUAGUGUAGAUAAAUCACCAAUGGAAAUUGAUAACCUCCUGCAUUCGUUUUACCGUUGACUUUAACCGACAACUUUCUUUGAAAAAAUCGACAAUUUUUUCGGGUUAUGUUGAAGGCUUGAUGUAUAUAAGUUGGUAGUAGUGCUUCUCUGUCUUAAUGUCGACGGUUAUGAAUCCAAGUAUAGUGGCGGAGUCAUGUCGAGUCCACCCCCUCAACUUUCAAAUAUAGCUAAACUAGCAUAAGCCCGCUCGCUAUAGCUUCGCGUCUGAGCUAGUACUUGAUAUUUAAAAAAUUAAUAGUUUGAAUUCUGAUCCAAAAGUAAAGGACUUCUCAUCUACAACUCUAUGUAGUCGAUACAACGAUAAACUUUAAUAAGGGAG